GGCAGGUCGGACUGUACCAACCAAGGGGGGUUGGAGGGGUGGUUAUCCAUAGUAACACACACAUUUGUGAAGUGUGUGUGUGUGUGUUUUGACACCACAGAAGAAGACAGAGGCUCUGGUGAGGAGCAUGAGGCAGAGUUCAGCUGCUGUUUUCUGUCUGUUGUGUUCGGUGAUAUCACCCAGAAGGGUUAUGAGAAGAAGCGGUCCAAGCUGAUCGGAGCUUAUUUCCCUCAAACACCAGGAACCGACCCGUCCAUGGACAGGAGAACCCCCGUCACCCCGUCCUCGUCCUCCCGGUACCACCGCCGCCGGUCCUCCGGAUCCAGAGACGAACGCUACCGAUCAGAUGUCCACACUGAGGCGGUUCAGGCGGCGCUGGCCAAGCACAAAGAAAGAAAGAUGGCGGUUCCGAUGCCAUCGAAGCGACGCUCGCUGGUGGUCCAGACCUCCAUGGACGCCUACACACCUCCAGACACCUCCUCGGGCUCAGAGGGUGAAGGCCAGGGGGAUGAGGACGAAGGAGGAGACGGCGAGGAAGAGGACGGAGGAGGCGGUGGAGGGACGUCAUCCAGCCGGGAGGGCAGCAUCAGCAUGGAGCACUGGAUCAGCCGGGCCAUCCAUGGGACCUCCUCCACCACCACCACCUCCUCCACCGCCUCCUCGUCCUCCUCUUCCACACGAAGCGGCGGCAACGGCGCCGCCAGCGGCAGGCUGGCCGACGUCCUGGCCCAGCACGUCCACAUUUCCGCCCAGCACCACCUCCGUCACCACCACCACCACCACCGCCGACACAAGACAGAGAACCACUCGGCACCUCCAGACGUCACCGGUUACACCAACAACACCGACAGCAUCCAGGUGGAGAGAACGCCGGCCGCCGGAACCGGCAACGCCGCCCCGAGACCACCGCCCCGGUACGGCAACGCCGAGCUGAUGGAGACAGGAGACGGAGUUCCCGUCAGCAGCAGAGUUUCAGCCAAAAUCCAGCAGCUGGUCAACACCCUGAAGAGACCCAAGAGGCCACCGCUCAGGGAGUUCUUCGUGGAUGACUUCGAGGAGCUUCUGGAGGUCCAGCAGCCAGACCCCAACCUACCCAAGGCUGAAGGUGCCCAGAUGGUGGCACUGCAAGGAGAGCAGUUGGGUGUGGUCACCAACUGGCCUCCAUCCCUGGAGGCGGCGCUGCAGCGGUGGGGAACCAUCUCCCCAAAGGCUCCCUGCCUCAGCACCAUGGAUACCAACGGAAAACCACUCUAUGUCCUCACAUACGGUAAACUCUGGUCCCGUAGUGUGAAGGUGGCCUUCAACCUGCUGCACAAACUGGGAACCAAACAGGAGCCGCUGGUCCGACCUGGAGACCGGGUGGCGCUGGUGUUCCCUAACAACGACCCGGCAGCCUUCAUGACAGCGUUCUACGGCUGCCUGCUGGCUGAGGUGGUUCCGGUUCCCAUAGAGGUUCCUCUCACCAGGAAGGACGCCGGCAGCCAGCAGAUCGGCUUCCUGCUGGGCAGCUGUGGAGUGACGGUGGCUCUGACCAGCGACGUUUGCCACAAAGGACUUCCCAAGAGCCCCACCGGAGAGAUCCCACAGUUCAAAGGCUGGCCCAAAGUGCUGUGGUUCGUCACCGAGUCCAAACAUCUGUCCAAACCGCCCCGAGACUGGUUCCCUCACAUCAAGGACGCCAACCAGGACACGGCCUACAUCGAGUAUAAGACGUGUAAAGACGGCAGCGUGCUCGGCGUGGCGGUGACCAGGGUCUCCAUGUUGACUCACUGUCAGGCCUUAACUCAGACCUGCUCGUACUCAGAAGCUGAGACCGUGGUGAACGUUCUGGACUUCAAGAAGGACGUGGGGCUGUGGCACGCCGUCCAGACGAGUGUGAUGAACAUGAUGCACGUCGUCAGCAUCCCCUACGCCCUGAUGAAGGUCAACCCUCUGUCCUGGAUCCAGAAGGUCUGCCAGUACAAAGCUAAGGUGGCCUGUGUGAAGUCUCGGGACAUGCACUGGGCUCUGGUGGCCCAUCGGGACCAGCGAGACGUCAACCUGAGCUCCCUGAGGAUGCUGCUGGUGGCCGACGGAUCCAACCCCUGGUCCAUCUCCUCCUGCGACGCUUUUCUCAACGUCUUCCAAACCAAAGGACUGAAACCGGAGGUGAUCUGCCCGUGUGCCAGUUCACCUGAAGCCCUGACGGUGGCCGUACGCAGGCCGCUGGAGGAUGGCAGCUCCCCACCGGGUCGAGGUGUUCUGUCCAUGCAGGGUCUGAGCCUCGGUGUGAUCCGGGUUGACUCGGAGGAGAAGCUAUCGGUUCUGACGCUGCAGGACGUUGGAUCAGUGAUGCCUGGAGCUACGAUGUGUACAGUGAAGCCUGAAGGCGUCCCUCAGCUCUGUAAAACUGACGAAAUUGGAGAGUUGUGCGUUUGUACUGUCGCCACGGGAACCUCCUAUUAUGGUCUGGCCGGCAUGACCAAGAACACCUUUGAGGUGUUCCCGGUCUCCACCAGCGGUUCUCCCAUCACUGAGUUCCCCUUCACCAGAACCGGCCUGCUAGGCUUCAUCGGACCUGCAGGCCUCAUAUUUGUUGCUGGGAAGAUGGACGGUCUGAUGGUGGUCGGAGGACGGCGGCACAACGCUGACGACAUCGUUGCCACGGCGCUGGCUGUGGAGCCAAUGAAGUUCGUCUACAGGGGCAGGAUAGCGGUGUUUUCCAUCACGGUGCUUCAUGACGAGAGGAUCGUGGUUGUAGCUGAGCAGCGGCCGGACUCUACGGAGGAGGACAGUUUCCAGUGGAUGAGCAGAGUUCUGCAGGCGAUAGACGGGAUCCACCAGGUCGGGGUCUACUGUCUGGCCCUGGUUCCCUCCAACACUCUGCCCAAGACUCCUCUGGGAGGAAUCCACCUGUCUGAGACCAAGCAGCUCUUCCUGGAGGGGGCGCUGCACCCCUGCAACGUGCUCAUGUGUCCACACACCUGCGUCACCAACCUGCCCAAACCCCGGCAGAAGCAGCCAGAGAUCGGUCCGGCCUCGGUCAUGGUGGGGAACCUGGUGUCGGGGAAGAGGAUCGCUCAGGCCAGCGGCAGAGAUCUGGGUCAGAUCGAAGACAACGACCAGGCAAGGAAGUUCCUCUUCCUGUCGGAGGUGUUGCAGUGGAGAGCUCAGACGACUCCAGACCACAUCCUGUUCACGCUGCUGAACUCCAGGGGAACCAUCUCCAGCUCUCUGACCUGCAUGCAACUGCACAAGAGGGCCGAGAAGAUCGCUGCCCUGUUGGCGGAGCGAGGACACCUGCAGGACGGAGACCACGUCGCUCUCGUCUACCCUCCAGGCAUCGACCUGGUUGUGGCGUUUUAUGGCUGCCUGUACGCAGGAUGUGUUCCUAUCACGGUGCGACCGCCUCAUCCUCAGAACAUCAGCACCACGCUGCCCACCGUAAAGAUGAUUGUGGAGGUGAGUCGCUCUGUCUGCGUCAUGACGACUCAGCUGAUCUGCAAACUGCUUCGGUCCAAAGAGGCUUCAGCCGUGGUGGACGUCCGGACCUGGCCUCCGGUGCUAGACACAGAUGAUCUGCCAAAGAAGAAGCCUCCUCUGCUCCACAAACCGUCCAACCCCGAUAUGCUGGCCUACCUGGACUUCAGCGUCUCCACCACCGGGAUGCUGGCUGGAGUCCAGAUGUCCCACACCGCCACCAGUGCCUUCUGCCGGUCCAUCAAGCUACAGGGUGAACUGUACCCGUCCAGAGAGGUGGCCAUCUGCCUCGACCCCUACUGUGGCCUCGGCUUCGUCCUCUGGUGCCUCUGCAGUGUCUACUCAGGUCACCGGUCCAUCCUGAUCCCUCCGUCGGAGCUGGAGUUGAACCCGUCCCUGUGGCUGUCGGCCGUCAGCCAGCAGAAGGUCCGGGACACCUUCUGCUCCUACAGCGUCAUGGAGCUCUGCACCAAAGGCCUGGGUCUGCAGACUGACGCCCUGAAGUCUCGUGGUCUGGACCUGUCCCGGGUCAGAACCUGUGUGGUGGUGGCCGAGGAGCGUCCCCGGAUCGCCCUGACCCAGUCUUUCUCCAAGCUCUUCAAGGACCUCGGCCUCCAUCCGCGAGCCGUCAGCACCUCGUUCGGCUGCAGGGUGAACCUGGCCGUCUGCCUGCAGCCUCACAGGCUGGGAAAGCUGGUGGACCAGGGCACCUCAGGACCCGACCCCACCACGGUGUUCGUGGACAUGAGGGCGCUGCGACACGACAGGGUUCGGCUGGUGGAGCGGGGGUCGCCUCACAGUUUACCUCUGAUGGAGUCUGGGAAGAUCCUGCCAGGAGUCCGAAUCAUCAUUGCCAACCCAGAGACCAAGGGACCAAUGGGAGAGUCGCAUUUGGGGGAGAUCUGGGUCCACAGCGGUCAUAACUCCAGCGGUUACUUCACCGUCUACGGAGACGAGGCGCUGCAGUCCGACCACUUCAGCUCCAGACUGAGCUUUGGAGACACUCAGACCGUCUGGGCCAGAACCGGGUACCUGGGGUUCCUUCGCAGAACCGAGCUGACCGAUGCCAGCGGAGAGCGUCACGACGCCCUCUACGUGGUCGGAGCUCUGGAAGAAGCCAUGGAGCUCCGAGGGAUGAGGUACCAUCCCAUCGACAUCGAGACCUCCGUCAUCAGGACGCACAAGAGCAUCACCGAGUGUGCCGUGUUCACAUGGACCAACCUGCUGGUGGUGGUGGUGGAGCUGGACGGCUCGGAGCAGGAGGCCCUGGACCUGGUCCCGCUGGUCACCAACGUGGUCCUGGAGGAGCACUACCUGAUUGUAGGCGUGGUGGUGGUGGUGGACAUCGGCGUCAUCCCCAUCAACUCCCGUGGCGAGAAGCAGCGGAUGCACCUGAGAGACGGCUUCCUGGCCGACCAGCUGGACCCCAUCUAUGUGGCCUACAACAUGUAGCGUAGCGCCCCCGGUGGAGCGACAACAUGCAGCGUAGCGCCCCCGGUGGAGCUACAACAUGUAGCGUAGCGCCCCCUGGUGGAGCUACAACAUGUAGCACCCCCUGGUGGAGCUACAACAUGUAGCGCCCCCUGGUGGAGCUACAACAUGUAGCGUAGCACCCCCUGGUGGAACUACAACAUGUAGCGCCCCCGGUGGAGCGACAACAUGCAGCGUAGCGCCCCCGGUGGAGCUACAACAUGUAGCGUAGCGCCCCCUGGUGGAGCUACAACAUGUAGCACCCCCUGGUGGAGCUACAACAUGUAGCGCCCCCUGGUGGAGCUACAACAUGUAGCGUAGCACCCCCUGGUGGAACUACAACAUGUAGCGCCCCCGGUGGAGCGACAACAUGCAGCGUAGCGCCCCCGGUGGAGCUACAACAUGUAGCGUAGCGCCCCCUGGUGGAGCUACAACAUGUAGCACCCCCUGGUGGAGCUACAACAUGUAGCGCCCCCUGGUGGAGCUACAACAUGUAGCGUAGCGCCCCCGGUAGAGCUACAACAUGUAGCGUAGCACCCCCGGUAGAGCUACAACAUGUAGCGUAGCACCCCCUGGUGGAACUACAACAUGUAGCGCCCCCGGUGGAGCGACAACAUGUAGCGUAGCGCCCCCGGUAGAGCUACAACAUGUAGCGUAGCACCCCCGGUAGAGCUACAACAUGUAGCGUAGCACCCCCUGGUGGAGCUACAACAUGUAGCGUAGCGCCCCCGGUAGAGCUACAACAUGUAGCGUAGCGCCCCCUGGUGGAGCUACAACAUGUAGCGCCCCCUGGUGGAGCUACAACAUGUAGCGCCCCCCGGUGGAGCUACAACAUGUAGCGUAGCGCCCCCUGGUGGAGCCACCAGUAGCUUCUGGACUCUUACCGCCCUGAGCUCCGUCUGCCAGGCGGAUCUUCCUCCCAGGCGGUUCGUCUUUGUCGUCCAGCAGGAGGCAGCAGAGAUUCUGACUUUUAAACCGUCGCCUUUCAUUUCGUUUUUUGUUUUUUAACAUGUCCUGCAUAAAGUUCAUUCUAUUUUUUGACAAUGAUCUUUACAGAACAAACUGAUAUUCUGUGUUUUUACGACAACGACCGUUUUGAUACGAGGGAAUCUUUCCCUCCGUUUACCAGGAGGUACGUUAGCUUUACGUUAGCUUCACGUUAGCCUGUUUUUAUUUCUGAGCUCCUUUCAUUCAGGAACAGCUUUUACUUUUCAAACUCACAUCAUGUAAGUAUGUACAAAAAGAAGUGGAUUAAUUUAUUUUGUUCCUCUUUCAGAACUAUAUGAUGAGACGUUCAAGAAUGUUUUGCUCUUGAAUAUUUGCUAAUAUAAGAAAUAAAAAGCAGUGUAUUAUCUGGGGGGGAAAAAGAAGUUUAUAGAUUCUAUUAAAGGAGAGUUCAGGAUUAAACUAAAGCAGUUCAACGCGUCGACGGACGACGAGUUUUAUUCCAGAUUCUGAUCCACAGACGUCCAGUUUGACUCCAGUCACCUUCAAAAGGACAUUUCUCGUUUAAUUCUGACUCGUCAUAGUUUUAGUUCAUCAGAUGAACAGUUUCCUUUUUUAAGACAUUUAAACUGUCAGAUUAAAGCUGUAGAUAUGUUGAGGUGGAAUUCUGCAGAACCAUCAGAGCAGCUUGAUGGAAUAAAGUUCUGAUAAUGAAUGAAUUAAACCUGAGAUCAGACUUUAUAUCAGGAGUGAAGCUUUUAUUUCAUUCUGAAACGUUUUCAGGUGGUUUUCAACAGAAUUGUUGAGCUUUAUUUGUCUUUUAUGAACAUUUCUGUUCCUGAACUAAAGGUAAAGUCUUUUCAGAGCACAGAUUGUAGUUUAAAAUCAGAAUAAAUGAAGUUUCCUUUAAGCGUUGGCUGCCCCCGUGUGGCGACGAGAAGAACCUCAGCAGCUCUGCAUCACAACUCAUUCUGGAUUUCUGGGUUUCUGGAGCGGAACUCGUCUGUCCUGUCCAGCGUUCUUGCGGCUGGGAAAAGGUUCUUCAGUCUGUCGUGUUUUUAAUCACAGACCCUUUAACUCUUCAGUCAGAAUGUUCUAGUUUAAAGGAAAAAGCACUUUCUUCACCGUUUGUUUCUUUUAUCAGCAGAAUGUUUGUCCGAGUUUUGUUUUUUUUUAAAAAGGUUUUAAAAAUGUCUUAUUUGAGUCGACAUCAAGUCUUUCAGUUUAAUAAAAAGAUUUCAACAGUUUUGACAAUAAAA